AUGGAGAGGGUCAUCACCGCCUUCGCUCCCCAUACUCGCCGUUAUCUCUAUGUUGGUGGAGAAUACUCCAGGCAAGGGUCUUCUGCAAUAUCUCACGGACAGAUGUAUGUGGAACACCUUGUCCCGGUUGAAGUCACAAAGCAACAUCCCUUGCUGUUUAUUCAUGGGGAUGGCAUGUCUGGCACCAACUUUUUGAAUACGCCUGAAGGGAAGCCCGGAUGGGCGGACUUCUUCAUGAGACAAGGAUACGAGGUAUACAUCGUAGACCAGCCUGCCAGGGCGAGGUCUCCUUGGCAAAGCACGCUUGAUGGUAAUACUUCGACGUUCGACACGUACAUGAUUGAGUCACACUUUACGGCCACGCAAUACUACAAGCUAUGGCCACACGCAGAACUCCACACGCAAUGGCCAGGCAACGGCUCACGCGGUGAUCCCAUCUUCGAUGCCUUUUACCGUUCCACACUACCCAGGCUGACGUCCGCUGUCGAAACCUCUCGACUCAUGAAGACCGCUGGGUCGAAGCUUCUGGACACGAUAGGUAAACCAGUGAUUCUGUUCACUCACUCUCAGUCGGGCCAGUUUGGUUGGAUCCUGGCCGAUUCCCGACCUAAUCAUAUACAUUCCAUAGUAGCGCUGGAGCCUAUCGGCCCUCCCUUUCAGAACGCUGUUUUCGGGACCGACCCUGCACGACCUUUCGGACUCACGGAAAUCCCGGUUCAGUUUUCUCCUCCCAUACAAUCUCCUCAGGAUCUUGGUCCGCUGGUCGCGAUCGACCAUGGUCCAAACUACACAUGUUUACUUCAGCACUCACCGGCUAGGCAAUUGACCAAUGUCUCAAAAGUGCCAGUCUUCAUGGUCACCAGCGAAUCAGGUUAUCACAGCGUAUACGACGGAUGCACAGUGCAAUUUUUGCGAGACGCUGGCGUUGACGUACUCCACCUACGUCUCGAGGAUCUCGGUAUCAAGGGAAAUGGCCAUAUGAUGUUCAUGGAGAAAAACUCUGAAGAGAUAGCUGACGUAGUGUUGGGGUGGAUAUCGUCAGGAAAAGUGAACGCAUGA